AUGCAGUCGUUCAUGGGUAUUCUAUAUGAGCUACGCGAGGUGGAACUUGCGGAACUGGAGAAACCAUCGGAUCUGAGGAAGAUCAUGGACCAGAAUGACCCUAUCACGCGGAAUAAUGACCCACCGGAACUCCCGCCUGCGGAACCAUUAGAUGAGAGGUGGAUCAGGACUCAUAAGGCUUUCCCAACCCUGAAGACCAAGAUCGCGGCGACGCCGAUCCUCCGCCACUCCGACGAUACGAGAAUGCCGGUAGUGAUUGUAUAUGCCAGUGAUUGGGCGAUUUUCGCUUCGCUGAUGCAAGAACACGAUGGGAUCUACCAUCCUGUUGCGUUCGCCAGCCGCACGCUAAAUCCAAACAAGCCGAACUACAAUGUGACAGAAAAGGAAGUGUUGGCAUUGCUGAGGAUCUUGGACCUCUACUACAAUUUAUUGGUGGGACGUGAGAUUCAGGUCCUGACGAGGCAUUCCACGCUGGCCUGGCUGUUCAAGUCGGCGGGAUUACAAAGUCGUCUAGGACAAUGGUCUGCCCUCUUGGCUCCGUGGACUCUUGAGAUCACGAGAUGCACGAAAGGAGAAGACCAGAUACUGGGGUGA